GAAUUGAAACGAAAUUAUUUAUCAGUCGUUUUAGAGCUUUGAUCGUAGACGGACUGCAUUCAUAACGUUGCUUUGUAGAAUUUUUUUGUGCAUUGAGGAAAAAUUACUAUAAUUACCAUUGUGUAUACAUAUACCACACACACGGAAAGCACAAGAAAAAGGAACACACGGUCGAAGGAAGCGAGAAAGAGUGCGAGAUGCGAGAAAAUGUGAAGCAUAGUGAACGAAUUUCAGAAGAAGCAAGUGGAGAAAAGAUUUGCCUUCGCCGACUGUAGAACGGGAUGUAAAAGUGAAUAAGGCAGCAGGAAGUGAUAAGUUCCAAUUUGAUACGAACUGAAUUUUAGGUCUAUAGCCGAUCGUGAUAGCCACAACGUAUUAAGACGGAAGAGAGAGAUAGAAGCUCUUGGUCGGUGCCCGUUCCUUUCAAAUUCAAUCGUGUGAUGUGACAGUCAUAUAUUGAAGAGUGAAGAAAAGUUCAGCCUGGCUGGUGUCGAAGGAGCCGCAAGAAGAACGACACACGGCUCAAUCUUGGCGGCUGCGACGCGGCAACAUUUUCAUGCAGAACAGUACGCGCCGCGGUACGCACACCACUGCAGAGCUACACCACACAGCCACAGCUACACGGCAGAUGUACCACAGCGAACAUCGUCGCGGCCGUCUUCUUGUUGGUCGUCAUCGUCAUCGCCGUCAGAUCAGCAGCAGCGGCAGAAAAACAAAACCGUCGAUACGACCAUCGUCGUUGUCGCCGUCGCCGUCAGCAGCCGCAACGGUCGGAACAUCAACAGCAGUUUACCAGCGAAAGCAUGAAAAGUGCUCCGAAAAUACGCCAACGGCCACAGCAUGGAGCGAGCGAAGAAAAUGUUUUGAAAAGUGAUUUAUUUUUGUUCAUAUUUUUUUCUGGCGACCGAAAAAGAUCGUGAAAGGAAAAGUAAAAAGAAAUAUACGAAAAUAUAUUUGUAUUGAAAGAUACAACAAAAAAAAAGAAAUAAAUAAAUAAAAAGGUAUCAAGGGGAAAGAUAAAAUAUGAAAUGCUAAGAGAAAAGAUUUUUUUUCCUUCAAAGUGAUCCAAUGAUUUCAUGAAUGAAAACAACAGCCGCACAAAGCGAGAGGGAAAAAGAAAAGUUAUAUUAUUUUCAAAGUGGAUACACAAAUGAGAAUGGGAUUCGAAGUUCAACAGUAAUAAAAUACGAAAAAAAGGUAUGCGAAAUAGUAAAGUGCAGUGAGUGAGUCGAAGUAAAAAAAAAAUAAUAAUAAUAAGUUUACAAGCGAAAAACGAGUGAAACAACAGAUAUCGAGUUAUCCAAGGCAGCACCAGCAAAAAUCUGAGCGAAAUCCUUCCAGAGUGUAACAGUGAAAGAAGCAAUGUGAGUUUUUGCCCAUUUCCGGCAAAUCAUGUAUCUUGUGUUGUUUUCGAGCAAAACUUGGAUUAAUAUUGGAUGCACGGCAACAGAAGCAACGUUUUCCAGCGAUACAUUAUCAGUGGCAGAGACACCAGGACACCGGAUUUGGAUUACAAACGAGAAUCGGAACCCGAUUUAAUUGCUUAUUGAUUAUAAGGCGAUUAAAACGAUGACGGAUCUUGGUGGACCACGGCUGAAGAAGACGCUUCGAAGCCGUUAGUGUAUCGAGCUACAUGGAUCGCAGAAAUGGCGGCGAUCCUUUGGCGCCUCCUCGGCCCCCUAAAUCUCUGCCCCGUGUUCAUCGUCCCCGGGCUCCCGAGCCGACCAUAAUGAGCGCCACAGUCGCUGCCAACAACAACAACAAUCAGUCUACAGCUAGUAACAACGCUAAUACUACGACGAUCAGUACGACUACGAAUCGAAGUCUCAACAACGUACCGCAACUGUCACCAAAACCUAGGAAUCUAAGCUCGUCCAGUUCCCCUGCACGUAACAUUAGUAGCAAUAUUAGUUCAUCAAUUCCACCGCCGUUGCCACCAGCCCCACAGAUUGUACCGCUGACGCCCCUCAGCCGAAGCAACAGUCAUAAUCAUCAUCAUCAGCCUACGACCCACCAUCAUCUUCCUAGCAGUAAUACCAAUAGUAAUAGUGUAGCACAGCCAGCAAGUACCUUCUCGCGACGACGUCCACCGGCAGCUUUACCAUCAAUCUCGAUACCGAGCAUUUUAGGUCCUAGCAUAGAUACGACUGCGUCGAAUACCACGACAACGUCUGCUACAUCCCCGGUCACCCUGGCUGCACCUAGACCAGAGAACGAAAGGCUCACUAACGAGUAUGUCGAUACACCGUUUAGUAGACUCUCGCCUGCAUCGAACCAUCAGCGACAUCAGCCAAAUGCCGUUGGACCCGCGACGACCCCCGGGACGGCGACGUCCCCGGUGGUGCUUCACCCCGCCAACAUCCCAGAACAGCAUCGACAACUAUCAGUAUCGCAUACGAAUAAUCGGUUACAUUCACCUAGCGCUAACAGUAGUAGCAAUAGUACAACGGUGUCGACACUUGGUAAGCCAAUCGGGUCCACGGCGACGACCACGACGCUGCAUGGCAGCAGUAGGAAUUUUAACAAUAAUUCUAUCAACACUAGGCCAAAUCAAUUACCACUGGGACAAACGACUGCAACGUCGACGACGACGACGACGACGAGGACAACAACGACUUCGGCCACGGGUACACCACUGUCGGCCGGUGGGUCACCAACGAUACAGUCAGCAUUGCCAAUUACCAAACAACCAGUAUCGAAUGCAUUCAGCAAAGACCCACCGACAGCAGGCCUACACGAGCUUGACAUCGAUCUGCACCCAUCGCACGGUGAUCUACUUAACUCCGUCACCUGUCCGCAGUGUAAAAAAUGUCGCUGUGAGGGAUGCCAACGGCCCCGGCAGCUUCCCUCGCGAUGGCUAUGCGAUAAUACCUGUCUUUGCAGUGCGGAGACCAUCAUCGAUUACGCGUCUUGCUUGUGCUGUGUCAAAGCCCUCUACUAUCACUGUGCAAAGGAUCCCGAGCUGGAACGGGAAAACGACACAAUAUCCGAUCCCUGUUCCUGCUUACCACACAAACGAACCGCACGCUGGGGUUGCCUGGGAGCACUGUCCUUGGCACUGCCCUGUCUCUGGUGCUACUGGCCGAUGCGAGGUUGCGUUGCCCUGUGUGCAAAAUGCUACGCUAAACAUUCCCGACACGGUUGCCGCUGUCAAACACAGAACGGUAGCAGUAUCACCGGUAGCAUACUUACCGGCGGUAGCCGCGGUGGCGGUGGCAACGGUCUCAUCGGAGGUGGCCAAGGUGGCAACGGAAACGUGGAUCACCAUUCGCACGGCAACACGAUCAGCAGCAAGUUUUCCGCCGUCAACAGUACCAGCCCGUUCGGAAAGGGACACCAUCAUCACCACCACCACCACCACCACAACAACAGUCACCAUCAUCAUCAUCAUAGCGAUCUUACACCCGAAAAACGCCUGCUCGACUCCAGUCCAGAAUACUGAUAUAUGCUGUAUCUGUAAGCGGGCGGUCCCGGAGACGACGCUGGCCGGUAGCACUACCGAUCAGCGUCUCCCGUGGAACUCUGUUGUUAUGUUCGAGAAACUACGCCCGCUGGCAGAGAUCACCAUCGCAUCCGGCGUCCAACGGUAAACAAUAGUGUGUAGAAGUAAUAAUAAACUCCGGCGCGGGGCAACAGACAACAACACGCACGCGUUCUGAAAAAAAAACGAAAAGAAAGGAAAACGAAAAGAAAAGGAAAGUACAGAGUGAAACAGAAAACCGAGAAUUUGAAGAGGGCGCGUAAAUGUUUUUUAAUUAUAAUUUAACCAAAGACUGCAGACUAUUAUUGAGUUAUGUUUUUUUGAUAUAAAUAAUAAUUAUUUUCGUGUUAUGCAAUCAAGCAAGCAAAAAAAUGCCCUUUAAUGUCGGCAAAUCACUCGCCUGAACGUAACGAUUAUCGCCAACAGGACAUCCCCGGCAGGAUGAAAAUAUGCGGAAGAUUCAGAUGGACACAACAAUUAGCUAGGGUCAUAUAAUCAAUCAAUGUUCAGCUAAAAUUGUUUGCAUGCCACUGCCGGAGUUUCGUUACAUAAAACUACGUUUAUUAAAGAGAUAGAAAGAGAGACAGAAGCAGGAGCAAGAGCGAAGAAGAAAAAGAAGAAAAAAACGAUGCAUUAGAACGGUCGAAACAAAAGCUAAUUUAUUCUAACUGUGUAAUGUUUAAGGUGGGAACCUCUCAAUUUUCUGGAGAGGUUCAUUUUUUUUUUAAAUUUUGAAGGCGCACGCGAACGCUUUCCUUACAGGAAGCGGAAGUUUGCCCGAUAAGCAAGAACACGCGAGAAAGGGAGCGAGCGAAUGGUGACAGUUUACGAAUGGUGGUUCCGGAGUGACCGGAAACAGUAGGGUCGUCUACAAAAACUAGGGUAUAAGAUAGGACCGACAUUUUCCAGAUGGUUAAUCAAGAAACACUUGAAUUAUCACGUUUUGUUCAAGAGUAUUUUAUUUGCUACCUUUGGUUUUGUUGUCAGCGAGCGAGCGAAGGUACGGCGAGAUUUACGGCAACACAACCGUUUUCUCGGUAUUUCGAAAAUACCGAAAAGAAAAACCAAAUUCCGCGCACAGGAAGUUGUGUACAAGUGAAAUUCGUUGCUCUCGGACGAUACGAAGAAACCACUCGUAGGCGACCUACGCGGAAGUUAGGCAGGGGCGAACGAACGCAAACUGGAUCAGAGAGAAAGAAAGAGAGAGAGAGAGAGAGAGAGAGAGAUCUUGUAGAUAUCUAUACAUAUUUAUCCAAAUAAUUAAUUUAAUGUAGAGACUUUCAGGAAGCAAAAACCAGAGGGAAUUAUUUUCUUAAAUUGUAUGAAAUGAAUGCAGUCGUACGAAAUGUAUAUAUUAACAAUCAGCUGAAGAAGCAGAAAUGAGGAAAAUCAUAAAGCAUAUUUAUAUUUAAAUAUACGCGAAAGAACCAUUGAAAAUGAAUGUAAUAUAUUUUGGAGGCGUUCAAAGUCAGUGCGAUCAACACGAUGCGAUGUGUGGCUGUGUGUGUGUAUUUGUGUGAUGAGUGUGUCUGUGUGUAUGAGCUGAGAGUGUACAUGCGCGAAUGUAUGUCUGAAAUUGUAUAGUUUUUCUUCUGUGUAAAUAUUUACAGUGCAGGAAGCAACAGAAAAAAAGGAAACAAGAAUGAAAACAAAUCAGCAUUAUCCGGUAUGAGCUAAUUGUAUUUCAGACAGUGAUGAACAAAACAGAAGAACAAAACGAAAACCACGGUACAGUUUUGAAACAAACCAGACCCGGAGAAGGGUUUCUCGUUGCAGUAGUUUCCCAUCACCAAGUGUUCGGCGGGGUACUUCUUUGUGUUAUGCUAGCUGAGUUAUCUACUGCUAGAAAGUAGCUGGUCAGUUCCACUAACUCUCGAUAUUGGCGUUUGGUUCGAUGGACCUGAACUAGCGCCACAUUUGUAGCAGUUUCUCAGCGCAAUAAUCGCCGGCUACAACCGAGCGUAAAACCGAAAUGUAUGCGCCACAAGUUGCUCACUUCUUGUUAUCAUGAUUAUUCAAACUGGUGUAAAACGCUUAAAUGCAAGCAAAAUAUGCAAAAAUCAUCACGUUUCCAAUCAGGUAAACACCGCGACUACGAACGACGGCAGCGAGUGUGAAUGUACUUUCUGCCAUGACAGCCCGGGUACGAACAUACUGCUGGCUGGCUGACUGGCUGAUGAACAAAUCAGUUCAUUGUUGUUUAAAUUGAUAAAAGUGCUGAUUAAAGUGGCGCAUUUGCCACAGCGUUGGAAAACUAACGCCCCAAACCAGACUCGUCAAUUGAACUGUGUGUAUAUGAUCGACGAGGGGCUCACUGAUGCGCGAAAUUCCUUGCGGUUGCCCUUUCGUCUUCCUGCUUCAACCAAACUCUGACAAACAAACAAUCAGACCCAGGCCACUGCCAGCGGAAUCCCUAUGAGGGGCUUGACCGACAGACGCUCGCUCGCCCAAGCUGGAAGUACCGAACUGUGUACGCGCGCGCGCGGGCACAUGGCGAGUGGACUUGAAAUAUUUAUUUGACAGUGAUAACCUGUAUGGUUACAAGCGAAUAUAAAUAGCAGAUAAUAUUUUAGCUGCCGGCCGGCAGCGUGCGUGGAUGAGACUCGAGCACAAAAACAACAAUUUGCGGUCAAUUGGCACCGAAUACGAUGACUGGUUGUGCAUAUUUGUAGCACACAUCAAACGUACAUACGUCUUUCACUACUUCCUACUUCGAAGGAUGCUCUUCUAGAUUUUUCGGGUAAUGCUAAUUAGAUGAAAUUCAUCAGCUUUCCCGCGUGCACAGGAAUUACGAAAGUAUUUGAAUCAACCGGGAUAUUUUAUUUCACACUCUUUACAAAGAGAUCGCAAAAAACCGAUUAGGGUAACAGAGGUAUUUUGGCCCGCUUUAGGAUCGAUUUUAUUUUAGCCCACUUUGUAAAAAUAUCCACCAAAUGUUUUAUUAUCUUUGAAAAAUCCUUCCGCAAUAGGUAAUUUAAUGUGAUUAGCUUCAAACUGAUGCAACAUGGGUUACCUAAGAUCGAUUGAAUCCAUAUAGUUUGUUAGGUGGGCCAAAAUAUAUGAAGUGGCCAAAAUACCUCUGUUACCCUACUUCUGUUUGGCGUCACCUCACUUGAUAUGACACCGAUUGAUGGUACAAGCAACCUAAGCUAUAUUGCCAGAUAAUUUUCGUUUACAGUUCAAUGGACUUUCUUUUCACUGGAAUACCAGUGCGAUAACCUCGUUGUGGCGCACCAGCGAGUCACCGAGUUAUGGAUGAAAAUUCUGUCUUUCUCACGAAAUACUGCACCAGAGAUGUUAGGUGAAAUUUCGAGGCAGGGUUGAACAAGUCGAAAAAAAUCUGCGGACCUCAAGUUUUCAAUAAAGAAUGAUGCGAUUUGGAAAGUCGGUGAAAUUUUAAAAUUGUUUGCGGAAACGUCCCCUGCAUAUUUGAGAAAUCUACAGGUUGACUGACAAAUCAGAUUUACAGAUAAAUUUGCAGAUCUGGCAUCUCUGUACCACGCUUCUUACGAGACGACGUACUCUUCCGUUGAGAGUUUCACCGACAGUUUCGAUUCACUUCAGAGCAAGAGAAAAUUCUUUCCCAAGAAAUACACGAAAGUAAAGUGUUUUAUCGACUUUUUUUUCGUUACACGCUUAGAAAAAGUUACUCAGAGUUUGAGUACUAGUUACUCAUUUUCAAAUGAUACAUAAAAGCAAAGUCUUGGCAUUACAUUCCUUUUUGUGAAAUUUGGCCAUUCUGUUUCAACAGACUUCGCAGCCGAUUCUUAGCGUACAGAAUCAUUGCAUGGCUAGUACUAUGGAUCCUACUGACGCUAAGAAUCCUUCCAGGUCGGGGUUCGAACAUACGACAACUGGCUUGUAAGACCAGCCUCCUAUGCAUUGAACCGCCAACUCGGGUGUGAUACAUGGAAACGUCAAAAAUUGAAUGAUAUUGAGUAACUCCUACUCUAAAUUUGAGUUUAAUGCAAGAACUCCUUACUAUGUUACUAUUCGCAAGAUCAGUCUUAAAGUUGUAAAAACCAUUUGUAACAACAGGUUCUACUUUAUAAACUGUGCUCUUGGUUGUGCAAUCGACGCAGAUAUUGUGUCCAGGAGUGCUCCGUAAUGUGCUUCAGAAUGGAACCGAACAUGCUCAAAUGCCAUUUAUGAGGAAUAAGUGUCUGAUUGGCGCCUGAGCAUUACUAACAUGUAUGUUAAUGUGCGAUUGACACACUACUCCAAGCGACCGCCACUUGAUGUGAUGUCUCGAAGUUAGAAAUCAAUUGUAAACGAAAUAAUAAAUAAACACAGUAGUGUUAUUUUAAGUAUUGAGUGUCAAUUACUUAAUAUUUUAAUACAGUACACUCAGUAAAAGAGCAAUUUUUAUGGAAAUUUGGUAGAUGUGAAAUAAAAUUUAACUCAACAUUUGCGUGCUAGUUACUCUAUUUUUAGCACAUGUACAAAUAAAAUAUUGCUCAGUAAAUGAGUAAAUUUUACCCAAACAUCGUUUCCAGUGGAAGAACUCAAUUUUGAGUUAUUCUAAAUUAGAGUUGUUCCACUUUUUCUGUAGAUGAGUGGGAUCUCACUCAUUUUAGGUAACUAUGUUUAAGCGUGUAUGUUGGCAACAAGUCAAAACAUUUAAUCAACAAUGUUGCCAGCUUCGUAAGUUUCGUGUUGUUUUUGACAAAUCGUUCGCUUGUUUGGAACAAUACUGACACCAAUUUGUCUUCCAAACGAACAAUUUUCGGUUAAUUUUUCAAAAGGUCGUAUAAGCAAGUGACAGUUUCUCUUUGUUUACUUUCUCUUCUAUUAAUUACCAAGCGGUUUCCACGUUUAUCACCCAACUCUUUGCAUGAAAUGAUACCCGAAACUUUCGACUUUCAAACAGAAUAGAGAUAUCAAAGAAAAUCUUUUUAAUCACAUCACAAUAAUCGAAAGAGAGAGUGAUUAAAGAGAAACUGUCACUUGCUUAUACGCCCUUUUGAAAAAUUAUCCGAGAAUUGUCAUCACUCUACCUACCUGUCGGUUCAAUGACGGAAUUUUGCCUACACGAUUGAAAUAAAGUACCCUUUUAUGUGCAUUGCUAUACCGAUUUCCAACAUUAUUUCCGUUUCAAUUGUAAACGGAAUAAUAAAUAAAUACAGUAGUGUUAUUUUAAGUAUUGAGUGUCAAUUACUUAAUAUUUCAAUACAAUACACUCAGAAAAAGAGCAAUUUUUAUGCAAAUUUGGUAGAUGUGAAAUAAAAUUUCACUCACAAUUUGAGUGCUAGUUACUCUAUUUUUAGCACAUGUACAAAUAAAGUAUUGCUCAGCAAAUGAGUAGAUUUUACCCAAACAUCGUUUCCAGUGGAAGAACUCAAAUUUGAGUAACUACGGAGUUACUCUAAAUUAGAGUUGUUCUACUUUUUCUGUAGAUGAGUAGGAUCUUACUCAUUUUUGAGUAACUAUGUUUAAGCGUGUAUGUUAGCAACAAGUCAAAACAUUUAAUCAACAAUGUUGCCAGCUUCGUAAGCUUCAUGUUGUUUUUGACAAGUCGUUUGCUCGUUUGAAACGAUACUGACAACAAUUUGUCUUCCAAACGAACAAUUGUCAUCACUCUACCUACCUGUCGGUUCAAUGACUGUAAUUUUGCGAUUGAAAAAUAAAGUACUCAUGUAUGUAUAUUGCUAUAACGAUUACCAACAAAACUGGGAAAACUCAUUUAUUGGGAAUCUUUUUCUGCAUAAUCUGUCACAAUGUGCGUCUUACUAACCAAUUUCAUGUGUGGGAACGAAACAAAAAUGGGUAGAAAAGCUACUAUUUUUGAAAAGAUUCAAAAAUAAAACAUAGCACAUUUUUCGGAUUGCCUAGAAAUUGCCAAACUCGUGGACAUUUUCACAUCCUGCUCAGUGUUGAAUGUCAACAAGCCUUGACGGCACAGAGUCACUAAAUGUAAUUAAAUCUUUAAUAAUGGUUGGAAAAAAAACUUCUGAAACUAGAGCCCAGGUUGGCGGUCCAAUGCAUAGGGUACUAGUCUUACAAGCCAGUUGUCGUAUGUUCGGGUCCUGACUUGUCGGUAGGCUCAUUGCACCAGCCAUUCAAUGAUUCUGUACAAUAUGAAUUCGCUCCGAAAACCUGUUGAAACAGGAAGUCACGCUCCAUAAGAACAAUGUAACACCAAGGUUUCGCUUAGCUGAAACUAAAACGAAACAUAAUUGAGUCCUAAAUUGAAUUAUCGUUAAAACUCACACACUUCUCCUAAGAAUGUUUGAAAAAGCGUUCUUUUGCUUCCUAAAAUGAUUCAAGAAUUGAUCAGCAAUACUGUAGUGGGUAGAAUUUCAUGGCUUGUGCCACGUCCAAAAGUACCCAUUUUAUGACAGCUCAAAUUAAAGUCGAAAGUUCCAAAUCAAUUUUAGCCGUGUAUGUGAAUAACUGCGCUUCGUUUACCGUUUGGCAGUUCACGGUUUAUUUAUCGAAUGAUAGUUUACUUUCUUUUUCGAUUCAUAGAUUAAAAAACGAGUUUUUCAGUUUUUUUUGAGAAGAAAUCGCUCACUGUCGAGCUCUUCUAUGAGCUACCCGAAAUUAUCCAAAUUUUGGGUAAACAACCGAUUACUCUUCCUGGGAUCAUAAUGAUUAGUAACUGAAUCGUUAUCUACUCAAACUUUGACUUGAUCGUAAAAAAAUAGAUAACGAGCAUUGCCAAAGUUGCCGUGACAACAUUUUGCUCAAUCUUACAUUCACCUGAACAUUGAGGUUAUCCCUCGUUAAUCUGAUUUAGGUAAGACGCUAGUUACCUGAAAAUUGCGGAGAAAACUAAAGUGCGAUUUUGUGUUAGUUUCGACCCAAAAUUAGGUAGCGGCUGGUAAGAGUGUACGAUUUCAGAUUUUUUUCUAUAGUUUUUAAAGUACUAAUCGAAAGUCAAAGGUUUCGGGUAACAUUUGAUACAAAGAAUUGAGUGGUAAACGUGGAAAACGCUUCGUAAUUAAUAGGAUAAAAAGUAAACAAGGUGCAACUGUCACUUGCUUAUUAGUUUUCACACGAAUAUGAAAUAACCUCACAAAAUGAACAGGAUAUGAACGUCGUUUGACAGCAAGCAGUUGUUUCAUUCCGAUUGAAAUGCGUGUAAUUGAUGGUGUAAACCCGACCUCCUGUCACGACGCCAUCUUGAUGAGAUCUCAAUCAGAACUUCAAAAUCAGCUGAUUGCAACUUAAAAAAACAAUCAGUAAUGCAAUCGUUUCAUGGUUCAUCUUGUUUAUUGCACGAAAAUGAGAGAUUUUUGGAUCGAUUAUCUCACAAUAACUUGUCGGUUUACCUAAAAUUCAGCAGAUAGUGUUUUGGGGACAUCAAGUGGAGGUAAUUUUCACAAUUUGAGAGUCGCGACGAGUAUUAAAACCACGCAGUGUUAUGCAUUCUGACAUAUUUUUUAAUGCUAAAACAAGUUUGACACAUACUUUAAUAAUUCUAGUAAAAUUCAGUCAUUUUUCAAACUACGCUUUGUGUCACCUGUAAAUUUCAAUUUUUUGUGGUGUGUUGACGUAUGCACGGAACCAUAAAACCACAGAGUUUUGAGUACUCUCUAUUCAAACUUCAAUUCAUAGUCUACAUAGACCGUCCAAAUUUAAUUUUAUAAACCUUUUUUUUCUUCAAGAAAAAAUGUUUGUAUAUCUGUUUUUUAGAAGCAACGGAAAAGCCUUAGUGGAGCUGUAAUUUUAAUACUUCUUCUCCAGCAGACAUCAGGCCCAAGCUACUCCAAAGAGUUGAGUGGACUAGAGCGCACAACGCAUAAUCACUUUUGAAAUAGUGUUGUCAUACGUGAUCGUGAUUGAUUUGCGAGAGAAGGUGAUGACGGGAUGUUUUGAGGUAUUCAGCAUCAUUAUGGUAACGUUGCUCUUCUAUGAGCUACCCGAAAUUAUCCAAAUUUUGGGUAAACAACCGAUUACUCUUCCUGGGAUCAUAAUGAUUAGUAACUGAAUCGUUAUCUACUCAAACUUUGACUUGAUCGUAAAAAAAUAGAUAACGAGCAUUGCCAAAGUUGCCGUGACAACAUUUUGCUCAAUCUUACAUUCACCUGAACAUUGAGGUUAUCCCUCGUUAAUCUGAUUUAGGUAAGACGCUAGUUACCUAAAAAUUGCGGAGAAAACUAAAGUGCGAUUUUGGGUUAGUUUCGACCCAAAAUUAGGUAGCGGCUGGUAAGAGUGUACGAUUUCAGAUUUUUUUCUAUAGUUUUUAAAGUACUAAUCGAAAGUCAAAGGUUUCGGGUAACAUUUGAUACAAAGAUAAACCACAGAGUUUUGAGUACUCUCUAUUCAAACUUCAAUUCAUAGUCUACAUAGACCGUCCAAAUUUAAUUUUAUAAACCUUUUUUUUCUUCAAGAAAAAAUGUUUGUUUUUUAGAAGCAACGGAAAAGCCUUAGUGGAGCUGUAAUUUUAAUACUUCUUCUCCAGCAGACAUCAGGCCCAAGCUACUCCAAAGAGUUGAGUGGACUAGAGCGCACAACGCAUAAUCACUUUUGAAAUAGUGUUGUCAUACGUGAUCGUGAUUGAUUUGCGAGAGAAGGUGAUGACGGGAUGUUUUGAGGUAUUCAGCAUCAUUAUGGUAACGUUGCUCCCGUUAGAUAAUACAUCUAACUGUGAUUGCACGAAAGUGAGGUCUUCAGGGUUCACUUGAUGAAAUUGAGCUUCGACGAAUAAUUAAAAUCGUUCAAAUAUAAUAAAAAUAUGCACGGCCCCAGAUGACUUCCCUGAGGAGCUCAGGAAGUUAGGGAAGAAAUCGCUGAACCCGAACCUUCCUAGAUUGGGAAUUGCUAUCGGGAGAUUAUUUUUGUGAAAAUCAGUGGAUUACUGAUUACGUCUUAGCACCAGCCGUCAUAGGACAAUUAACUAAAACCGUUCCCAGCGUUCACUGCACCAAUAAACGCUGCAAUCUUUUUCUACCGGUUCGGACGGAAAUACCAAAAAAUAGAAAACCUGAUGUCGAUUAUCAUCACCAUGAUCUUCAUCCAACAAAUGUCGAUAUUUCCUUGGUAACAAAUUUUCGAUUCUCUGCUUCAAUCCAAAGUAAGGCAGCAAAAUAUUUCCAAAGGUCGCCUGAAAACAUAAGAACGAUCCGAUCCGAGCCCGACCCGGUGUUGUCAGCGGCACCCAUUCCGAGCAGGUUUUUGUUUUUUCUUCUUCCUUUGGGUUUUGGAUGCGCGGCGGCUCUCAGGCGUGCACGAUCGUACGGUUUUAAUGUAUUUCCUGUCUAAUUUAUCAAAGCAUGAAAGUCGUCUCUUUUUUCAUGCCAAGUAGGGUUUUGUUCGGUGCGCUCCGGUGCGGGUGUCCCAGCGAUCGUUUUUCUGUAAGCCGCUAGGGGCAUCGAAUGCAGGCGGCGGCGAAACAAGGCACGUAGAAAGAGGGAGAAGGAAAUCUCAUCUCAAGUAGAACAUUUAUCUUUGAAGAUUUCCUCUUUCGAAAGAGAGCAAAUCCAGAUAGAACGGCUUCCAAAAACAGGAAACGACUGCCAUUUUCAUUCAUUAAAUUUUACUUCUGGGUAAGAUGUUCGGGAUGCUGGAUAUGUGCGUUGCAGGUACGACAGAUCGCAGCCGCCUAGAGGAAAUUUCCAAUAAGAGGCCGCAUGUCUGAAAACUACUAUCCAUGUUCUUCGAAUUCUCGCGCUACAAUUACUGCUGCUGCUCAACCACCGCUUGUCGCGCGCGACUAGUGGGUGACGAGUCACGAAAACGCAAAACGCUUCGCCGUGUACUCGAUCCUGUUCCCCACCACCCACCUAUUCCAUCGAUUGCCCACAUUCGUUUUUUUCCGUUUCGAUUCAUUCCACCGAACCGACGACGGUCUCGAUGUGUUCCCCUUGGCCGCAGUCUGGGGCUCCGUGCUUUUAAUUCCUUUCUUUUUAUAAAUAAAAUUCAUUCAUAAAAUCUGUGUUCGGCUUUGAUGAGAAUAAAACGGAUGUUGUAAUUUUUCGUGCUAAAUUUAAAUGAAAAAAAAGCGCUUGUGUCAUGCUGUGCUCGGUGCAGCGCAGUCAGAAUCUGUGUAGGAACGAGAAGAAAAAAAAUUGACUAGUUCCCCGCUGUUGUGCCACAGUAAACACUCGAGCGCAAGAUCCGAAACGACUGCAACGAGAUUUCUUCUUUUUACUCUUCAUCAUCAUCGUCAUCAUCAUGAUCAUCAUCAGAAUCAUCAUCAAACAGAAGCUUGAAAAUGCAACCGAAACACUUGCUUCACUUCAGGUGAACUCAAAUUAUCCUUGUAUAAAUGUAAAAUUGCAAGCAAAAAGACGUACCUAAUCAAAACAAGUAAUAAAAUCCUUAGAAAAGAAAAUGAUACACCAGAAAACAUUUUUAGCAGUACAUUAAACUUUUUCGAGCAAAUUGGUAAAUGUUAUACUUUAUUAGACUGUAAAGCAAGCACCUUGUGGCGAAGAAAACAAUUGAAUUGCCUUAGCGAAACAAAAUUACAAGACGAAGGAUAUACCGAAACUUAUGACUUUUUGAGCGCUGGUAUGUAGAAAAUAUGACACAUAGAUUUUCCUCGCAAUUUCUCUUCUUUUUCUUGUUUCUGGAGAAUGCUUCUGUUAUUAUUACAAGUAAACCGGAAAAUCAUGAGCAAGAUUGUAUUUUUUUUAAUUUAGGAAACAAAUCAAAACUCCGUAUAGGGUUGCUACGCGAGUAGGCAACAGAAUGAAGAAAACUGAGAGAAAUGAUUUCGUGACGGAUUUAAUUUCCAGUAUUAUCUAGUCGUGCAUUAUAAUGUAGCAGAAAGAGAAAUAUAACUGAAAACAUUAAAAAUACACUAUUAGGAGGAUGAAUAAUAUUCAAUAAGUGAGUUAUUUGCAAGAGAGAUAACUAGAGCAGGAGAACAAACUUAACUGAAACGAUGAAAAAAAAAAAUAAACUAGAGUAACUCUAUAUUUCGGCAUACCAACCAUUUGUUAAAAUGUUUUGUUUUGUGAGCUUUUGAACAUUUUGAAAACAUUAAAAACUGCUGUUGAAACUAAAACAUAUGAAGCAAAGUAGUAAAAAAUUCUAAAUUUAACCGUUCAAACAUGAAACGAAAAAAAACGCUAAUCUAUAUGAAAGAAAAUGUCCAAAAUCUCGAUGUCAGACAGCAAAAGAAAGCACAUAUAGAAUCUUAUCAGCAUUAAUACAAACUAUAAAGUAAAGAUAACGAUAAUUAAAGAAACAAAACAUGCGCUAUAUAUAAACUAAAGUGGAAUCAUUACAUUGUCAACUGUACCUAAGCUGUUAUUUUUUAAUAAAUGAUGAAAUAAAACAAAAAAAAAACAUAGAUGAUGUCAAGUGUAUUCAAAUUCCUAACAAGCCUCUAAAUUGUUUCUCACUCAAAACACAAAACCGAACCUGUGUGUAUAAUCAUUGACGUUACGAGUCCUAGGAAAUACUCCUCCAUUCACAUGUCUCUAUUUAACCCAACAACCGCGGAAACACAGAAAAAUUCUCAUACACGCAGCAUAAACGUACGAAAACAUAAAUUGCCCCUCCCUCCUAUGCCCCCGCACACAUAGAAUAAUCAGUUGACGUAAGACGGCUUACUACUAAAACCGAAAAAAAAUGGAAGCGAACAAAAAAGGGAAACAGGAAAGUAUGUAUGCAAACCGCUCUAUCAGAACAGGAAAAUUUAAGUGAAAACGUUUAUUCAAGAUAAGAGAAGAAAAGAUUGAAAUCUAAAACAAAACUAACUGUUUUCCCCCAUGAUAGUAUAGGUAUGGAUGCAAAUCAGUUACCCCGAGAAAGGGAAAAACUAUAGCGAUGAAGGGAAAUAAAGGUGAAAUGUAUGAAAAUUCUA